ACAACGAACGCUAUUAACACAUGUUGUCAAGUUAGGGACCUGUAUUUGACAACCGAACUUGAUUGCCAUUUUGGGAUGGUAAGCUAGUUAGUGCAGUAUCCAGAAAGGUAGCCACUUUAAAAAAUACUCCUCUCAUGGUAACAUAACCGAGACAAUCACAUCAAGACUACUUAUGUUAACGAAAGAAGUAUGCCUGACAGCAAAUUUGGCCAACUGCCCGUUAACUUGGUUGAAGAUACAAGGUACAAAAACAAGUCGAUGUAUGUGUCUGAUUUCUGCUCAAGAAGACCACAGAUUCCUGCAAGACGCCGAGCAAAGACUAAAGAAACUUUACGAUAUGCAGAGGAUGUUCAUAACCCGGCGACAAGAUUCUUGAAUGACCACUAUCAAACAAGCGACCAUAUCGACUUAAGACGACACUGUCAAAAGGUUUUGAACACUAUUGAGCGAACAAACAGUCGGCAAGAUGACCUUGGAGUUACGAGAGGUAGAAAGACGCCUUUGUAUAACGGCAUACCAGCCACUCCUGUUGAAAGAGACGACAGUGAGCCCAUAGCUGAGCUGCUGCCAGCAAGUUUGAGGAGAAUCGAAAGUGCAUGGAGGGAGGAAGUCAAUGCAACAAAAAGAGAUCGAGGUAAUAUUUAUGGAAAGGCGGGGGCAAAGCAGUGGUAUCACCAAAGAUUGAAAGAAGAUGCUGCCAAAAGAAGCUACCCAAAGCUCGUACCUGGGUUGAAUACCUGGCUGAACGACGCAAACGAAUACGAAAAAAUGGUGGUCCAUGACUUUAUGAAGAAUGUGUCAGAAACCAUUAAUAAUGAGCCUCCUUCUCGCGAUGUUCAAAAAUUCAAAGAGGCUGAUUUUCCAGUGCCGCCGUAUAAAUCUGAUUAUCCCAAAAUUGAGGAAUACUUGGAUACAAACAUUGACAAAAACGAAAGGCCUGGCUUUGAUGGUAUCGUCAAGGCCCCGUCUCUGCCAGACGAAGAGGACUUAUUUCUAGAUGAGCAAAUCAUCCAGCAGAGCCUUUUAGAUAACCAACUAUCGCAAGCAGCUCUGGAAAGAGAAGUAGAGGAAUACAAGAACGUCAGUUUCAGGCAUCCGACAAGAGAAACUAUCGUUUCACCGCCUGACAGAAAGCUGCUUUACUCAAGGGGGUCGUCGCGGAGCUCUAUUGCAUUAAAUAACAAGAAAACAACUGACGGAAGGUUAGCGGAUUAUGAUUAUCAUUAUGACCUCUCGAAACAAAGAUCUCACAGUGCGAUGUCUAUGCAUGUAACUGGAGACAAGGUUUCAGAUAGGCAAAGGCCCAAAAGCUCUUUAGGAAUUUAUGAUCCAAAGUAUUCAAAGGGUAGGCCAACUAGCUCCAGCUCGUCUUCAAGGCCAUCGAUAAAUAUAACGAAACGAGCAAAGAGUGUCGAAGUCCCUUUUCGUGCUGGCACACCUGAGGUAGUACAAAGAGUACAUUCUGCAGGCUCAGGUAGGAGCUCUGUAUGCAAGCUACGGAAGCAUUUUCACAACGACCCAACAUGCUCUAGUUGCCAAGAAAGGGAAAUAAAACGGAUGGCUGAAAAGUUAGCAGACAUGCAACCGAAAUCUUACGACAAGCUGAAGAAACAGCAACGUGACCAACCAAAGAUGGCGGUUUCAAAGAUGUACAAAGCAUCUUUUGAUGACUACAGCUUUCCUGCAGAUGACUAUAUCUACAAUCAAUCUGUGUUUGGAAAAGUUUCUGCUAAAGAUAGAGGUUUCUUUAUCAUCCAUCCAGAAUGGGUUUCUGAGAGAGCUAAGCCGAAGAAGGGCUACAGAUGAAGCUAGCGAAAGGACCGCUCGAAUCAGGGUAUUUUCAGCAAAAUACCCGAUCGAGUAUUACAUUUAAAUAAGUUAUUAAACAUUCAUAGGUAGUCAGUUUAUGAUUUUUAAUAAGAUAUGAUCUUUAUAAUUUAUACGCUAUUAGUGAACUGAUUAGAACAUAUUUAACAAAUAUCGAGGUCUCUAUAUUGGUACAAAAAAUGUCAAAAUUCACCUUGUCUAAAUGUCAGAUUUCCGCAAGAUUUGUAAGAACUUGUUUAUUGUAAAUUUUGUCGUGCGAAGUAAAGUAAAAGCGUUUUAUAAGAUAUGACAAAUGUGAUUUGGAUUGAUUUAUUUUAUUAUAGUAAAACCGGGUAAUGAAAAUAGAUUACUGUUAA